UGUUUUUGGAGCACAAUGAUCAGCAAGAGAAGCUGGCUAAGGAGUGGGGAUUCAAAGCAUCUGACAUAAGAGAACUGAGUAAUCAUGAAUUCUUCAUGCCAGGAUUGGUUGAUACACACAUUCAUGCACCUCAGUAUUCAUUUGCUGGUACAAGAGUAGAUCUACCUCUUUUGCAGUGGUUAACUACCUACACAUUCCCAACAGAAGCCAAAUUCAAAGAUAAUGAUUUUGCAGAAGAAGUGUACACCAGAGUUGUUAGACGAACUCUGAAGAAUGGCACGACUACAGCUUGCUACUUUGCAACAAUUCAUACAGAUACUUCUCUUCUCCUAGCUGAAAUUAUAGAUAAAUUUGGUCAAAGAGCUUUUGUUGGCAAAGUCUGUAUGGAUCUGAAUGACAGUGUUCCACAAUACAAGGAGACUACUGCUGAUUCCAUCCAAGAGACAGAAAGGUUUGUUAAAGAACUACUAGGAAAGAAAUAUCCAAGGGUACAGCCCAUAGUAACUCCUCGCUUUGCCCCUUCCUGCACAGAAGAUUUGCUGCAGGCACUUGGCAAUUUAGCAGAGACUCAUGAUCUCCAUGUACAGAGUCACAUAAGUGAGAAUGAAGAAGAACUAAAAAUUGUGAAGAACCUGUUUCCUGCCUAUCAGAAUUACACUGACGUGUAUGAUAGAAACAAACUGCUUACCAGUAAGACAGUGAUGGCCCAUGCCUGCUAUCUUUCUGAAGAAGAGCUGAAACUUUUUAACCUUCGUGGAGCUUCAAUUUCACAUUGUCCCUGUUCCAAUUCUUCGUUGUGCAGUGGUAUCUUAAAUGUACAAAAGGUUCUGAAACAUAAUGUGAAGCUUGGCCUUGGCACAGAUGUUGCUGGUGGAUAUUCAGCUUCCAUGCUUGAUGCGAUCAGAAAAACAAUGAUGGCAUCUAAUGCCCUUCUACUUAAUAAAGUGAAUGAAAGAGGACUAACUCUUGAAGAAGCUUUUCGACUAGCAACCCUAGGAGGAAGUCAAGUUCUAGGUCUAGAAAAUGUGAUUGGAAACUUUGAAGUUGGCAAAGAAUUCGAUGCACUGCUGGUAAACACAAAGGCUUCAGACAGUCCUUUUGACUUGUUCUCUUCUGAUGCUUUUGAGGAUACCCUCCAGAAGUUCCUGUAUCUAGGUGAUGAUCGGAACAUUUCUGAAGUAUAUGUGUCUGGAAAGCAAGUGGUUCCUUUUUCAAGUUCAGUAUAAAUCCAUCUCACUUCUGCAAAGCAUUCUGCUGAUUGUUCUGCAUCUGAUUAGGAAAAAAAUUGUUAAACACCGUGCCUGAUUAUC